AUGAAAGAAGUGACCAUAUCCGAGACAUCGUCACUAGGCGCGCAAACGUAUAUGCAAAUCCAGCCUGACUGGUCUAAUGCCUGCGAAUUUUUCUGGCUAGAUGUAUACAAACGCAACAUAAAAAUCGCGCCAUCUAACGUCAAUACAGUCGAUCCAGACGAACACUUGGUAGCCGAGGUGCAAUCCAGUCCGAGUAUCCAAUACCAAUUACCGCUGUCAAUAGAUGAACAGACCUCUUCAGGGCCACAUUACGCACGAAUCUGCAAUCGAGAUAUCUCUAAGGUCGAGAUUGAAGUGGCGCAACAGGACAAAACGUCUAUAAAGAAGCUAAGGACAAUAUUUCAAGCUCCAAAUGAGACGGUGGACAUCCCGAGCUCAGAACUAGAGGCCGUCAAUAAACAAACUUUGCAACUGUACACAGUGGAUGUAAGUCAAGAUGAGAGAUAUGUAGUUGUUGGAGGCACCGAUGGAGCCUGCAUGCUCUGGGAUAAGCAGAAUAGAGCCCAGAUGCUGCCUUUAAAAGGCCAUGUAGCUGAUGUCACCAGGGCUCGCUUCUUCCCAAGUUCGAAAGUUGUGCUUACAGGUUCUUUAGACCUUACCUUACGAAUUUGGAGCGUACAGGGAAGGUGUGCUGCAGUAAUGAAAGGGCAUCUAGGAGGAAUUGAGGAUGUUGUGAUCCUUGGCAGAGGCAGAAAUGUGUUGUCAUGCGGAAACGACGGCCUAAUCCAACUAUGGAAUUGUGGGACGCAAGACGCCAUUGCCAAGUGGGCAAAUGACGAUCAAAGUCCGGUCCACUGCUUGUCAGUCAUGCAUGAUGCUGCCCAGUUAUUUGUUAAAGGUGAUAGUCAGCCACAUAUAAGUGAGAAUGAAGCUGAGACGGACGGAAAAGUAUUUUACGCCGGGCUGGAUAACGGAGAGAUGCUUGGAGUGGACAUCCGUGCGCGAGCAGCGGUUUUAAAUCUCGAGAACCUUGCUGGUUCGAUUCUUUCGUGUGCUGCUACAACUGCGACAGCGUCAGUGCCAAUGCUUUUUACUGGAAGUGAAGAUGGAUUAUUGACAGUUUGGGAUCUUCGCCACUUUAGGACUCCAUUGCACGCCUUGUCGCGGAGCUCGGCGCCGAUCCAUAGUGUUGUAGUUUCAGCGCUAUAUUCUGAUAAUAACACCUCAUCUGGAAGUAUAUGGACCGCCCAUGGCGACGGCGUGUGCAGCAAGUGGAGCAAUCUUGGAGAAACGCCUCAUGUGUCCACGGAGCUAACUGGUCCACAGUAUGACGCCGUUCGCGGAGUCGCGAUUGGAGCCCAAAGUGGUCGCAUAUUCACUGCUUGUCGCGAUGGGCGUUUACGUGAAUAUUCACCCCUGUAG